AUGGCCGAGGCACUUAUUUGUUCUCAAAACUCGUUGAUGCCUUCUAACGAGAACGACUCAAGAGUCGUUGAUCUGCUUGAAGAAUAUGACAUAACUGAUUCUUUAGUUUCGUGUAGGUGUUACCGUUGGAGCAACUGCUCCUGGGCAGGCUGUGCCUGUUUAAAUCACCUUUAG